AUGUUGAUAGCUAGCACAUUAGAUCCAGAAGGUCACAUCUUGCCGCUUGCAUACGGAAUAGUUGAUUCAGAAAAUGAUGAUUCAUGGUUAUGGUUCUUUGAGAAUUUUAAAAAUGCAUUCGGUGAAAGGGAAGAUGUGUGCUUUGUUUCUGAUAGAAAUAAGAGCAUGUGGAGUGCUACUGCAACUGUUUAUCCCGAAUUCAGACAUUACGCAUGCAUAUACCAUCUAUGGACCAAUUUACUAAAGAAAACAUACAGAGAUACAAAAGAGGUUAGAACAUUAUUCUUCAGUUUAGCAAAAGAUUACACUGUUCAAGAGUUUGAUGAAUUGAUGAAAAGGAUGGAUCAAAUUAAUCCAAAAUACCGUGCUUAUCUACAAAAAGCAAAUUAUGAGAAAUGGCCACGCGCACAUUCACCAGUAAAAAGGACUUGGACACUAACAAGUAACAUUGCAGAGUCACUAAAUAACACUAUUCUUGUUGGAAGAAGAUUACCAGUGGUACCAUUGUUGGAAUUUGUUAGAAAGACAAUUGAAGCUUGGAAUGAGAAACACAACGAAGAAGGUAGAAAUACUACAACAACCUUGACAAGUAAAUACAAUGAAAUGUUGGAGGACAAUAGAAAUUUGUCUCGUCGUAUGCUUGUACGUGCAUCAACAAUACACAUUCAUACCAUUACAGAUGGUGCAAAGAGGUUUACAGUAUGUCUGAAUACACGAAUGUGUAGUUGUGGCAGAUUUCAACAUGAUGAGAUCCCUUGUAGUCAUGCACUUGCAGCAAUCAGACAUAGGAAUAAACAUCGCGAUGAUUAUUGUUCAGCUUAUUAUAGUAAUAAGAAUUAUCAAGAUACAUAUGCAAUACCAAUUGAACCCUUGCCUUGCGAAAGCACUUGGGAUGUUCCAUCACAUGUCUUGGAAAAGGUAGUAUUACCACCAAUUACAAGAAAGCAACCAGGCAGACCUCCAAAAAAUGAUCGCAAAAAGGGAUUCACCGAAGGAGAUGGGAAGAAGAGGAAAUUAUACAGUUGA